CGGACGGCAACUACUCGCCGUCCGGAUUCCCUGCUUUCUCCUCUUUGCGGACUUUUUCAAAAUGGCAGCGGCUACGGACGAGCUGAUUUUACUCGAGCGAGUGUUCCUCCGCCUGGGCUCCGCCGAGACGGACGAGCAGCUACAGGCGUCGGUCUGCAAAUUUCUGCCUCCCGUACUGCUCAAGUUGUCCAGCGCGCAGGAAGGCGUCAGGAAGAAGGUGAUGGAGCUGCUGAUUCAUAUAAACAAGAGAAUAAAGAGCAGGCCUCAGGUGCAGCUGCCCGUUGAGGCUUUACUCCUGCAGUACCAGGAUCCAUCUGCCAGCUCGUUUGUGAUCAACUUUACGAUAAUAUACAUAAAGUUGGGAUAUCCGCGAAUGGAGAUGAACAAGCAGGCGGAAUUGGUUCCAAGUGUACUGAACGCCAUCGAGGGAAAGCCGUUGUCUCAUCAAGACAGCUUAAUGUUGAUCAUAAUGCCAGCAUUAGGACACAUUAACAUACCGGUGGAUGUCGAUAAACGAGCGUCUCUCUUAGGUUUGCAAGACAAGCCUUACGUGGCGAAGCAGCUCAUAAAUUUUAUGCUCGACGUAUUAUUGUUGCCCUACGGAUCCGUGGGACAAACGGAAAAUCAACAAUCCGGUCAGAUCGACUGGACGCAGUUCACCGUACCGCCCGGCUUGAGCGACUACGCGUUCAAGAGAGUGAUUGGCGAGAGUCCGCCUACGGCCGAGCAGCUCGAGCAGAUGAAACUGGGCAUUGUCAAGUUCCUCGCCGGUGGAUUUUUCCCGGAUACAGAUAUCCUGAUACACCUGAUCGUAGCGGCCGCGGACACCAGAUUCAGCAUCGCUAACAUGGCGGAUUUGGAAUUGAAGAAGAUAAUUGGUACAUUGGAUUGGUCCUCGAUGCAACUAGCAGCUCCGCUUUACACGUUAUUCUUGGGCACCGAUGCAUUGGCCACGCAGAAAGAGGUGAAACCCGAAAUGAAACGGCUACCAGCAAGCACUCGAAUUCGCCUCAAGCUUCUGCAGUAUCUUUGUCGAGUGACUAAAGCGGGAUUCAUCAUACCGCCGUGUAUUCAGGUUAUUUUCGAUUCACUCUAUGGAAAAAAUACGAAUGCAAAGUUAAAAUCAUUGGCACUGCAAUUUACGUCAAACAUCGUCCAGCACUGCAGCCUUAUACCGUUAACUCGCGUCGCCGGAGUGAUCUUGAAUGGCAUGAUAAAAUUGAUCUCCGAAGGCGAUGACGUGCACAAACCGAUGGCAUAUACAGUCAUUGGACAACUUGGUCAAAGAAUACCGUCUCUGAUAAACAAAGACUUGAGCUUGCUGCACAACUUGUUCGACACGCUUGUCUCCACGGACGGCGAACUGCGACGCACGGUGAGGGACGCAUUGAUUUGCGUAACGUCCGCGUUUGUGCUGAAUAAGGAGGACGAAAGCAAUGUAGCUCUGAUGAAUGCUCUGCUGUCGGUGCACAUCGAAUCGCCAGAAUCGAGCGUAAGAUUUGUGGCAAUGCAUUAUGCCGCAACCGUGUUCCCACCUGAUGACGCUCCAUCUCGGUAUCUCUUGUUAUUAGCGUGUGGUGACAACAAACACGAGAUAAGUACAGAAGCCACGAAGGCGCUUUACGGUGUUGUCCAUAAAAAUGAGGACGAUCAACAGAUUAGCAAUAAGAUAUUGCUGCCCGAGUUUGUGAAACUAGUAAGUUACAUCUAUUCGAAGAUGCAGUCGAGAAUGCCCGCCGCGAGCGGCGGCAGAAACACGGAUAAGCAGGUACUCCCGUACAGUGUCGCUACAUUUUCCGAGAUUAUUACUUAUUUUCGCGUUUGCCUCGCCAGGAGUGCAAAUAUUCCCGCGCGAAAUGAGCCGUUGCAACAUCCGUGCGAACAUACCCCUUUGAUUGGACGUUACUUGGAGAGAUUAUACAAGGAUCAACCGGAGAUAUUAAAUAAUUAUGUCGAUAUGAUUUUACUCUUCAGUCAUUCUUGCGCAGAUCAAAUUUCUCUGAACGCAUUAUUGGAAGUGCUUGGAUCCGUUCCGCAUUACAUGAUAAAAUCGUACGAGAAGGAGCUGCCGUGGCUCAGUUCCUUGCUCGCUUCCACUAAACAAGACGUGCGACAGUUAGCCGCGAAAAUAUACGCCGCUAUUACCGGCUACUUUUCGCGGAAUGAAUUUGAGAAGCAUGUCUCGAACGUUAUGAACGUUAUGAAUAGAAAAAAUUUGGAGGCGCAGCACGGCGCGUUAAUGACGCUGACUUACAUGAUGGAAAGAAAUUUAAUACAGCAACGAAAUGGAACUACUAAGGAGGAUUUGUGCAAUUGGACGACUUACAACGAUAUUGUGAAAACAAUAUGUACAUAUCUUCGCGACAACGCGAUGUUAUUGAUGGACGCGGCUAUUCAAGCCGUUGGUAUCUUGGGUAGAACGUACUCUCUACCAUUACCAACGGAAGGCGAUGACGAGUUGAACAAGAAAGCGAUAGUAGAAACGCUCUUUUCCGUACUAUCUAAUGCCAAAUUGAAUACCAAGAUGAAAGAAAAAGCUGCGCUUUCAUUGGGACAGCUGUGCGUCGGCGAGUGUUUUCCGCACACCACGGACAUCGCUAACAAAAUUAUAGCAACAGUCAAGGAGACAAAAGAUAUCGAAAUUCAUUUAAUUCUGGGCGAAGCUUUGGUCUGCUGUGUUCAAGCGCAAGCUUCUGCGGAAGCAAGAGACGCUUGGACGACUUUGCCCGCCGAACAUGUUGGUCCGUACAGUAAAGAGAGUGACGAAUUGUUAAUACAUGUGUUGAAUGAAUUAUUUAAUGUAUACAAAGUGCCUCAUCCAAACUUGCGACAGGCAGUAUGUGUAUGGCUGUUUGCACUUCUAAAACACAACGUUCAACGGGAAUGUAUUAAGGAAAAAUUUUCCAUGAUUCAUCAUGCAUUUAUAGAUUUUCUAUCAGAUGACAGUGAUAUAGUGCAAGACAUCGCUUCGAAAGGCCUUAGUUUGGUACAUAUUAACAGCAAACAGGAGGAACGCGAUGCUUUAGUGUCCAAUAUAUUAGAUCAGUUCACGCAGGGUCGCAGAGCGGUGCAACAGGUUACCGCCGACACCAAAUUAUUUGAAGAAGGCCAACUAGGAAAGAGUCCGUCUGGUGGCAAUCUGUCGACGUACCGAGAAAUCUGUUCUCUCGCGACGGAAAUGCAGAAGCCCGAGCUCGUGUAUUAUUUCAUGCAUUUGGCAAAUCACAAUGCGAUAUGGACAUCCAAAAAGGGGGCUGCAUUCGGUUUCGCGGCAAUCGCCAAUAUCGCGAGGGACGAACUGAACAAAUAUCUACCCAACAUCAUACCGCGAUUGUACAGAUAUCAGUUCGAUCCGACGCCCAAGAUCCAGCAGAGUAUGAGCAGCAUUUGGCGGGCCGUCGUUCCGUCCACGACGAAAGCCAUCGAACAGUAUCAUAAAGAAAUAUUGACUGAUGUAACUGAUAAUCUAACGAAUAACGAGUGGAGGGUACGUAUCAGUUGUUGUAAUGCUCUCGCAGAUCUAUUAAGGACUAAUGUUCAAUUCGACUUCGCCGAAUACGGCCCGGAGCUCUGGAAGAAACUGUUCCGCGUGAUGGACGACAUUCACGAGGGUACGCGGUUAGCCGCGACAAACACCACUAAGAUACUUAGUAAGGUUUGCAUACGCCAUUGCGACUCGUCGCACGGUAACGCGGGGAAGGAAGUUAUUCAAGCGAUACUGCCCGUGCUACUCGACACCGGCAUCACUCACGUCGUGCAGACGGUGAGAUCUAUAUCGUUGCAAACGGUGUCCCAACUCGUGUCCACGGCCGGCGUUCUGUUGAAACCGUCGCUCGUCAAUCUGAUACCGUCGUUGCUGGAGACGAUCGGCGAAUCGGAGAACCCUAAGCUUUCGUAUUUGAGUAAUGUGUGCGGCGCGACCACGGAGACUCAGGAGGCAGUCGAUAAUCUCAGAGCGAGCGUCGCCAAAGGUCAUUAUGCGUCAGAUACGAUAACAAAGUGUAUCCAGUACGUCGAUGCGGCCGUAUUGAAGGAAUUAAUGCCAAAAGUAAUAGAGUUAAUCAAAUUCAGCGUAGGAUUUGGAACAAAAAUUGCUUGUUUGCAUUUCGUGAUUCUCCUCAGCACGCAUCUGAAAGCAGAAUUACAGCCGUACAGUUCUAAAGUAUUAUCUGCUUUGCUCAAUGGUUUGUUGGAUCGUAAUGCUGCUGUGAGGAAAAACAAUGCGGUUUGCAUUGGACAUAUAGUUGGCUCCGCUAAAGACUCUAGUCUAGAUAAAUUAUUUAAUACCUUAAACACGUGGUAUUUGGAACGCGAAGAUGAUGCAAUAAGAUUAGCGAUCGGACAAGCAUUGCAAUCUAUAAAUAAUUAUAAUCAGGAGACGUUAAAGAAUUAUCAAAAAAUUGUCAUUCCUCUUGCCUUCUUUGCGAUGCACGCGGAAAAGGUGCCAGGAAACGAAAGCACCGUUGAAUUGUGGACUGAUCUUUGGAACGAAAUAACGCCCGGGACUGAAGCAGGAAUCGUGCAAAAUCUGCAAGCAAUAACCGGUAUUUUACACGUAGCUUUGGAGUCAGCGUCGUGGACUACGAAAGUGCAAGCGGCAAACGCAGUUCAUACCGUUGCCUUAAAGUCAGGUCAUAAUAUUGAUAUAGAAGCCAGGAAUACCUUAUUAAAGAUACUGACCAAUGGUCUGCGUGGUAGAACGUGGAACGGAAAGGAACGUCUGCUGAACGCUCUCGCUAUGUUAGCGUGCAAUAGCAAAGAAGCCUUAAACGCAGACCCUGCGUUGUUAGAUACAGUUGUGCUGACACUACAUAGGGAAAGUAAAAAGGAGAACGUGGAGUAUCGUCGGCACGCGUUACAAGCGUUCGCCAUGGUCUUGCAUGAACUUAAUAUUGAUAGGUUUACAGAAAUAUACGAAAUUGUACAGGAAAUACUGAUUAAGGUGUCUGAUAAAAGUAACGACGACGAGGAAGACACUGUGGAGGAAAAUAGGAAAAAGAAGGAAAAUAAUAUAAAAUUGCAGGAAACGGUUUACGAGGUGCUCGGGAAAGCAUGGCCUUCCACCAAAGAGACUCAAGAUAAAUAUUGCAUAGAAUUUGUGACUCACUGUCAGAAAGUACUGCCAAAUAGUACAAGGUCUGUCCAAGUCGCUAUUUUGACAGCGUUAAAUCUCUUUGUGGAUAAACUUGUCUUGUUAAAAAUAAGUAAAACGGAAAUCUCAUUAAAGGACAAAAAGCUAUUAGAGCAAAUAGGGGAUAGUCUCAAUAAAAUAUUAACGUAUUGUAUAAACAUUUCGAAAUUCACCAAAAUUAGGAAAGAAGCGUUAAACAUCGUUCUUUCGUUAGCAAGAAAAAUGCGCGAGACGAAUAACGAUGAGCAACUCGAUAAAAUGACGCGCCUUUUGAAGGAACUCUUGCCCGAUCUAGCGAAGGAUAACCAACCAGAAAUACGGACCAGAGUGAUUGAUAUUAAAGAGAUGCUUAAAAUUUAACUAGCACGUACAUACAUUAAGUAUGCACACGGUAACCCGGAUCAAGUUUGUCCUUCGCACACGUCGUUGUAUGUUGCGUACUGUCGUAGGUGUUGGCGAUCUCGGAAUGACGAUAACAAAAGAUUGAUAACUACGAUUGCGUGUUUAUUUAAUAAUAUGUUAAAUGUAGUUGUGCCUAAUUAUAGUAUUACAUCCCUUAAUAAAAUGUAAUUUAAAACAA